UGGUGUGUGCCCGGGCCGUUCAGUUUCAAAGCAUGAGGUGGGCGAAAAGACCAUUUUUCGCGGUGUUUGCCACUUUAUUGGGCUACGUGGCUGUCGUGCUCCUAUUUGAAAGCAUAAAAAAAAUUCAAGACAAGGUACGAGAGGAGUAUUUGAAGCAAGGUGAUGAUGGAGUUUGGCAGAAAGUCGUAGGCACUAAAUACGAGUUUUUGGUUUUCUCAGCGUACGUAGAAGACAGGGAUAUUGAGGUACAACAUUCGUUCAAGACUCAACCAGCCGUUCGGAUAGUCGGGGUUGGCAGACAAAUACAAGGAAAGAUGGCCGAGAGAUUGUACUGCCGAUUUUUGUACAACACCGACAAAACGAGCGGCGUGAAUGAAUCAGGAAGUGUGCUGGGGAAAGCAGCAUUGGUGCCGAUAAAAGAGAACUGGGGUCUCAAUUACACCGCCUGCUUCAUAUUUUGCAGCAUCUCAAAAAAUGGCACUAUUCCAUCCAGCGUGUCAAUUUAUUCAGAGGCAUCCAGCAAGCGUUACCUUGAAACUCAGGACCUGAAAGAUCUAAAUGACUCCGGGAACCGAUUAUCGGUCCAAAACCGGAGAGCUGAAGAUAGGAAAGUCACAACGGAGAUCAAUAUGGCUGCAUGUAUCAACCCUAUGCAUAGCAACUUCAGCAGAGUAUGGCCGCUAAUCGAAUGGUUGGAGAUGAACAAGAUGUUGGGCGUGUCACACUUUUACUUCUACAACCGCAGCAUGGCACCGAAUGUAAGUUGCGCCUUCAACCAUUACAUCAAGAAGGGCGAAGUAACCGUACUCGAUUGGCGAACCAACCUGCCCAGAUUCCUGGUGAGAACCAACGUGCAGAUCAGGGACGGCAACAUCUUUGCCGCCAUGAACGACUGUCUGUACCGCGGAAUGUUCAAGCACAAGUAUUUGAUGUUUGCCGACUUUGACGAGUUCCUCGUGCCGGAGGGGAAAGACGCAAACUUGCUUAAAUUUGUUGAAAAGAUAUCAGCGAAGGAAAAGAAGGUGGCAUCGUUUCUGUUUAAAAACACAUUCUACUUUCUGGAGUGGCCAACCGAUCCCAAGUACAAAGGUCUGGAUCUGAUCACGCAGACAAAGACUAUAAGGCAAAAGGGGUUCGACCCGCCAAUGUCGAGGUCAAAAUAUAUAACCAAGCCAGAAAGAGUAACCAUGGUGGGCAACCACUUUGUCUGGGAAAACACAAACGGUGCGUGGACCUGGAAGGGGCUGAACGAAACAGAAGCCUCCAGCAGACACUACAGAAUUUGUGAAUUUCCGCCAGAUGUGUGUCGAAAUCCCCAACGAGGAGAGAGAGACGCGCGGAUGUGGGACUUUGAAAAGCAGUUGUCUGAAAAAAUGAACCAAGUGCAGGAGGAGAUUGGCAAAAAGUGUGGACUGGAGCGGAUCAAAAUGGUUUAGACUGCCUUUUGCGCAACUGUGAAAAGUAAUUUCGUUCUCAAUAUAUUACUUAACGAGUGUUGUUUCCGAGUCAUAAAAUAUUAAAGCCAG